AAGAAAGAGGCAAAGAGCCAUGCCGCGUAAAUAACAAAACCCGGCGUAAACAACAGAACCCUAAAACGAAUCUAUUGUUCGGACGAUAGGAAUCGCAGCAGCAGCAGCAGCAGCAGCAGCAGCUCUUCGUCCAGGGCUUUUAAUCUCGUAGCAAAGAUGCAGAAUGAUGAGGGGCAAAACAUGGACCUUUACAUCCCCAGGAAAUGUUCUGCCACAAAUAGGCUAAUCAUAGCGAAGGACCACGCGUCUGUGCAGAUUAAUGUUGGACAUUUGGAUGCGAAUGGUAUCUACACUGGCCAAUUUACCACUCUAGCGCUCUGUGGUUACAUCCGGGCUCAGGGAGAUGCCGACAGUGCACUUGAUCGUAUCUGGCAGAAGAAGAAAGCUGAACUUCGUCAGUAGAGAAGCUGGGAGAUGAGGGGCCCUAUAGUUGGCGCUUUGCUGAUUGAGAGAAUUUUCUUGCUUAUUAGUAGUUGCUCGGGUCUGAUGUAAUCGCUUUUGUGCCUUUCCUUUAUCUGUUUUAGUGACAUUUUACACCUAUUAUGCACCUCUGUAAGACAUUACACUUUGCUCAUGUUUGAUUAUAAACUUCUUCAUCAGACAAAGUAAUGAACGGUGCCAAAAUUGAACUAAUUAGUGUCACAAUAAAUUUAGUUGUUUAAA